AUCAACGCACAGAGCAAUCGUCAGACGCCCUCGCUUAGAGCAUGCAUACACAUCUUGUGUGCCAUCUCUCUGUCCACAUCGUGUCUCUGCUCGGAAAUAUGUAGAUGAACGCAGAGUUCUUUAUAGCAGCCGUUUCAUCUCUCAGUUCUUGCGUUGCAUUGAAGGCAUAAGCAUUUAUCCGAACAAUUAAACCGGCCAGAUUAUUGCGUCAAAUGCCCGCAUACUCAUCCAUCCAUUCAUUCAUACAUACAUAUAUAAAUAUACAUAUUCAGAAGUGUCAACGGUUUCAGUGUAAUUUCCAACUGCAUGGUUCUUACUAGUGAGUGUGUGUGUGUUUGCAUCAGAAGUGUACAACAAUUGUUCACACGUCCCUAUUCGCCCGACACAUGCUGUGACCAGAGUCGUCCGGGCAACCCGUACAUCCGAGUAGAUUUUUGUGACGACUAAGACCCGUGGCCAUAAAUUUACAUAUUUUGGUGUCUCGUGUCCCAAAUAUACAUCCGUAAUAUGCCUGUGAUGUGAUGACUAUUUGCCUAUAACAUUUGAAGAUUUAGUCAUGUGUUUUGAGUGGAAAUAGAACGAAAAUGAAAUGAAAACAUAAAGCUACAAAUACCGGAAAAUAUUUUAUAAACAGAACGGAAUUUGCAUACACUCGUUCGUACGAAGUGCUAAUGCAGGCAUAGAUAUUCUUGGACGCUUUCAAGGGCUUUAAGAUUUUGUAACUGAAUCAGUGACUCAAAGGCCCUUUCGAGCUUUCUUCGUGCGAAAACGUGUGGAAAGUUACACGCCCUAAUCGGCGGCUAACACGAUGAAUUCCAAAUACGAAAACAUGAAGAUAAUUUACAACCGGAGCAAAUUCGGUUGGUAUUGGGCGCCAGUGUUUGUGGCGUUCUGGUUUCUACUGUUCUAUUUGGUGGUCAUACCCAGUUUUCAUUAUUUCCCCGACACACUUACCAUCGACGAAGAAGCCAAUAAUCCAGGACGUUUUAUUGGCGAGAGAGCUGAGAAUACGUUGUUGAGACUUUCGAAGAUUGGACCCAAAGUCGUGGGCAGUCCGGCCAACGAACAGGUGGCGGUUCACUUUUUGCUCAGCGAAAUAGCGAACAUAAAAGAAGACGCUCGCCUCGACCUGUUCGAAAUUGAGGAGGAUGUCCAGGUCGCGUCGGGAAAUUACGUGCUAUGGAAGAUGGUUAACUACUAUCAGGCGAUUCAGAAUGUGGUAGUUCGUGUGUCGCGUAAAAAUUCGAACAGUACUGCCGCAUUGCUCAUAAACAGUCACUACGACUCGGUUCCUGGCAGUUCAGGUGCCGGCGAUGCAGGCAUGAUGAUUGUGAUUAUGCUGGAAACUAUGAGGAUCAUUACGAAAUAUGAUACUCCGCUGGAACACCCCAUUGUAUUCCUCUUCAACGGUGCAGAGGAGAAUCCCUUGCAGGGCUCUCAUGCCUUCAUAACGCAGCAUCCAUGGGCGGAAAAUGUUAGGGCUGUGAUAAAUUUGGACUCAGCGGGAUCUGGAGGCAGGGAAAUUCUAUUUCAAUCCGGCCCUGAUCAUCCGUGGCUCAUGAAGUAUUACGGAGCACAUAUUGUCCACCCCUACGCAUCUACUAUUGGCGAGGAACUGUUUCAAAACGGUUUUGUUCCUUCCGAAACCGAUUAUCGAAUUUUCCGAGACUUUGGAAAUAUACCCGGCCUGGAUAUGGCGCACUCAUACAAUGGAUAUGUCUACCACACGAAAUAUGAUCGCUUCAAUGCAAUUCCGCGAAGGACGUACCAGUUGACGGGAAACAAUAUACUGAGUCUGGCAAAGGCGUUGGCAAAUGCUCCGGAAUUGGAAGACCCUGAGAAAUAUGCCGAGGGCCACACGGUUUUCUACGACAUCCUUGGCUGGUUUAUCGUCUACUACUCAGAGGAGACGGGCCUGGCUGUAAACAUUACCAUCUGUGUGCUAUUCAUUUUAACCCUGCUGGGCUAUGUUUGGAAUAUGGCUCAUCAAACAGGAAUGUUCCGUCGUCGAAUUUUUACCAAAUUCGGAAUAUUAUUCGGCAUUCAAUUGGCCACCGUUAUGCUGGCAAUGGGCGUGACCCUCUUGAUCGCUGUCUUCAUGGAUGCCAUUGGACUGUCCAUGGCCUGGUUCUCUCAGCCGUGGAUGAUUUUCGGCCUGUACUUCUGUCCCAUGUUCUUUGUUAUGGGCAUCUUGCCGGCCAUUUACUUCAGUCGGACCAAAGAACACGGCCUGCCACUGGCCUAUGCUAUACAGCUACUAAUGCAUGCCCACUGCUUGAUACUGACCAUAAUAACCAUACUGAUGAUUGCCUUCGGCAUACGCUCUGCAUUUGUCAUCAUGCUGUGCAUUGGCUUCUACACAUUGUCGGUGAUCCUUAAUAUGGUCACGUGUUUCCAUAAGAAGAAUUUCCACUGGCUGAUUCCCCAUGCCGCUUGUCAAGUCCUACCAUACUUGUUCUAUACCUACAUCUGCUAUGCUUUCUACGUUACGUUCGUUCCAAUGCAGGGUCGCGAUGGAGCGAAUUCCAAUCCGGAAAUUCUAAUUGGUGGCUUCACCGCAUUGAUGUGUCUCCUGUUUGCAGCCUUCUUGGUUCCAUUGCUCUGUUUGUUCCGUAAAGCCAAAACAAUCAUAUCUUUGUUCGGAGUGCUUUGCGUCGUGUUCGUAGUAUUGGCGGCUACCCCUGCUGCAUUCCCCUAUGUUGAAAAGGAUGCGCCUCAAAGAUUCUAUGCUGUGCACACUACCCGUACCUUCCACAAUGGCGAUGCUGCGAUGAGUAUCAGGCGCGAAGACUCUGGUUUUUAUGUUGUACCGGUGGACCGUCACCCCCAUUCAAUCGACUUUAUGUUCGAAAAUUCCAAUCUGACCAAAGCAAAUCAUGCGGAGGACUGCGAAAAAGAGGUGCAAUGCGGUUUUCCAAUCUAUAGCACACGGUGGUUGGGAUGGCGAAAUCAAAGUUUCUGGGUCCCAGCUUCUCAGCCUAGUCGCAGUGGAUGGCCUUCCAUGCGCAUAACUUCGAAACAGAGUGCAGCUCCAGACACGGUUGUCUUCAAUUUGGAGGUUGCAGGUCCUAAUCACAUCAGUAUGUUCAUUCAGCCCAAAGAGAAUGUGACAUUGGUAGACUGGUCAUUCACAAAAAUUCCGUUGGAAAAUAAAUUCGUCCCACCCUUCUUUGUAUAUUUUUCCUAUGCUCGGGAUCCAUCACCACUCAAGUUCAGUUUAAAAUUUAAGCACCAAGAUCCACACUGGUCUGGUCCAACAUUUGACCUUGCUGUAAUUGGCCACAAAGUUACGGACAAUAUCAACAUUGCAGAGGAGUUUAGAGAAUUCCUAGCCAGUUUCCCUCAUUGGGCCCAUGUAAGUUCAUGGACCAGUUCGUACGAGUCCUGGAGUCUGUGAUUGGCAACAAAGGCAAACGGUAGCUUAGAUCAAUUAGCGUAGAGUAGUAAAAAUGUGUCCCCUCAAACCCACGAGGUCAAAGUGUUCGGGAUACAACCUAGUUUUAAACAUUAUUGAUUGCAUAUGUGUAUGUCCUUUUAAUUGAGAUUUAUUUAGGCACACGUGCUUUUUUGUAGUCUUAAGUGAUAUUAUUCGAAGUCAUACGAACAAAAUAAAUUAACAAAGAAUUGUACUUAACGAA